UGUCAAAUCUAUCUGUACAGUCAAUCACAAAGCUCUUUCCCGUUUUGGGUGUGUUUUGUGUGUUUUUCACAUGCUGCCGCUCAGUCUUUUGCCACUCAGUGGGCGUGACCGCAGUCAUAACCAUAAACAUAUAAUUAAAUGUUCAUUAUAAUGUCUAUGGUCAUAACGGUCGACGAUGACGUCACAUGCGACAAAUGAGAUAAUUCCACCAAAUUACCUGUAUAAUGUAAUACAUGUGUGGGUUCAUAUUUAAAAUGAACAUUAUAAAUAUUAUACAUUUUAUAAUACAUAAUAUCCCCCGUCAGGUGGGUCAAAAGUAACACAACAAUACAAGCUAAAUUUUUUUGUGUUAGUCUUGUUUUUAUUAAAUAUACCUGACUAUGACCUUGUUAAUAUGUAACUACAAGCAUAUUUUGUCAUUUAUCUUUGCAAAAAAAAUAUUAAAUUACAUUUUCAUUUUUAAUUGAGAAUUUCAGUUUCAUCAAAUGUUUCAAAAGUAACCGGAAUGUACAAACUUGAAUUGUUUAGAAUAUAUAUAUAUAUAUAUAUAUUUUUUUUUUGGCAAUGUCAAUUUAUUUUAUAAAACAUUUUUUCAGCAGUAUGAACAAUAUGACAAUUAAAUUAAAUCAACAUAAUGUAGCAGUAGGCCUAGUCAUGUUUCCAAUCCAGCUGUUUUUAUGCAUGAAUUCAAAAUAUGCAUAAAAACAUCUGAAUGGAAACACUGCAAAUUCAUAGGUGGGUGUGGAAAAGCUAAGGUAUGGCUAAAAACUAAAUGUGACUAUGGUAAAUGUAAACAGAUUAAGUGAAUAAAUGGAGACAUACAGAAAUCAGCAACAGAUAUUUCCAGAAACGCCCUCUCAUAAACUGCCUUUCUGACCCUCACUCUUGGCAUAUUCUGCUAGUAUAAUAUGACAUAAACAUGUUUUAAUAAAUGCUGCAACGCAGAGAAAGCCACCACAUUAGCAGUGGGACAAAAGAAACGCUUGUUGUCACUGGAGCGGGACGAAAGUAACACUUUCAGGAAAUGUCAGGAACUCCUGACAUUUAAACCCGAUUUACUUUCAUACUGAAAAAUACUGACAAGUCAAACUUCAGGAUGUGUUACAGCUAAAUAACCUGUAGAUUGAUCAUUAUUGUGACACAUGAAAUGAGAAACACAACUUGUAAUUAGAAAGCCUUAUUUAGCCUACCGUACUCGUAAAUUGCUUUCCGGACCUAACCGCGGGAAACAAUGACGAAAUCACAUGAUAUUUGGCAGCUCCGUCAAGGGUUGCGUGCUGAACGUGCUGUCAUAACUUGAAAUGCAAGUAUUGUGAAAAGCGCUAUACAAAUAAAUGUGAAUUGAAUUGAAUAUUAGGAUAAGGGACCUAAUUGUUUGUUAGGUGCACAAACAAUUUGUGACGCACAAUAAGUGUGAUAUUUGGCUUCUCUCUUAGUUCAACACUCCUCUGAAAAGAUCACAGUGCUUGAUGGCUUCCGAAAUGUGAUUAAAAUAUGAUAAUCCCUUUAAAGAUGAGAAUUCUGCUGACCUGAGAUCUUUUUUGAAAAGUAUAUGGAUGAUUUUAUGAUUCUAAACCAUUUUUUAGGAGUUUGUGUCCUUUGCGUUGCUGUUUGGAGAUGAAGAACGUACCGGUGCCUUGUCACGAGAAUAUCUUUUUAGAUUUCCCAGUAGAAUCCCGCUCCAAAGGGGGUCGAUAGACAUCAUAUACUUUUCCAAAAGGAAUGUGAUGAGAUGGUAAUAUGGAUUUUCAUCACUAUUUUGGUAUUUCAAUACUCUCCUUUUCUUGGUCAGAUCAACACAAUCUUUCCUGAAAGCUUUGGUGUAUAUAGAAAUUGUUUUUGCUGUACUCUCAUUCCCUUCCAAUGGCGCCACCAGGGGGUGGCCAGGGGUGGCCGUGGCGCUCUAGACGCUCUAGACCUUCAAUCACACACAGUAGCCCGCCCCUCCCCCGAUGCCGCUGUUGCGCGCUCAGACAGCAACAGGUCAGCGCGUGCCCGUCAGUCACCAAUUUCAAAAGAAGUUAGAAGACGAAGAAGACUACCGACAAUGAAGAGAAAGUCCACAGACAUCUCUUCUUAUUUUAAGAAGAAAAGUACAGAAGGAGGAGUGAAAGAGAUGACAGGGGAGCAAGAGAGGCUUAGUAAUAGUGAGGAUGAGGAUGAGGAGGAGGAGGAGGAUGGAGGAGAGGAACAGACAGAGCAGCAUGACAAGGAUACACAGCCAGCAUUAGUGACAGAACACAAUGACGAGGAAAAACAGACAGCAGCAGCCCAGGGACAGUCAGCACCAUUGGUCACAGAAGUGUGGCAGGACACGGCAAAAGCAGGUGUUAGAAGUGUUCCUGGACCAACAGAUAUCUCCCAGUCAAGAGCAGAGCAGCCCAAGCAGCCACAUCUGAAAAUCUUCCCUCAUACCUAUCAAGGAGACAGAAGACGAUGCUUCUCUAAAGACUGGUACAACACACAUAAAUGGCUGGAAUAUUCUCAGAGUAAAGACUCUGCCUACUGUUAUGCCUGCCGGCACUUCAGUCUCCCCUCCUCAGGUGAUUCAGUAUUUACAUCUGAAGAGGGGUUCAAACAUUGGAAAAAGGCAACCUUCAAAGAUAGGGGACUUUUAGGUCAUGCCAAAUCUAAAGCACAUACCAGUGCAAUGUUAGCAUGGGCAGAGUAUGAAAAAUCCACUGCAAGCACAUCCUCUCUCUCAGCCUCCUUAAAUGCGGAAUACAAUAAAUUAGUGAAGGAAAAUAGGGAGUACAUUAAAGUUGUUGGAGAAACCCUGCUUCUCACAGCUACACAGAACAUAGCACAGAGAGCACAUAAAGAAUCAGAAGGUGAGAAUAAAGGAAACUUUCUCGCUAUUAUGGAACUGCUAGCCAAACACAAUCCCACAGUCAAAAGAAAAAUGACAAGUCAAAGAAAUGCAACAUAUGUUGGGCAUGACACACAAAAUGAAAUAAUUGAUUGUCUAGCUGAAAUGGUCCGCACUUCAGUAACUAGUGAAGUUUCCCAAAGUGAGGCUUUCAGCAUUUUGGUUGAUGAGACUAAAGACCUAAGCAAAAAAGAACAGCUGUCCUUUGUAAUAAGAUACUAUUACAAUGGGUCAGUAUGUGAGAGCUUCCUUGCCUUUGAGGCAGCACAGCGCCUUGAUGCUGCAGCACUUUCACAGAAAAUAAUUCAAAUUUUGCAGAAGCAUGGUCUUCACUACAAAAACCACCUUGUAGGGCAAGCAUAUGACGGAGCCUCAGUCAUGAGCGGAAAACACAGGUGUGCAAGCACGCAUAAAAUCAGAGGCCCCAUUAGCUUUUUAUGUGCACUGCAAUGCACAUUGUUUAAAUUUAGUAUUAGUUGACAGUGUGAAAUGCAUCCCUGAAGCUAAUUGCUUCUUUUCUCUUUUGCAGAAACUGUAUGUUUUUGUGUCAGGGUCAUAUGUGCACCAAAGAUGGCUUGAGGUACAGAGGGAGAUGUUUCAGGGGGCCCCAAGAGAGUUACAAAGACUGAUAGAGACACGGUGGGCAUGUAGGUAUAAUGCUUGCAAGACAGUGAGAGACAGACUGUCAGCCAUCAUACGUCUACUAAAAGAAAUAUCAGAAGAGCAAAAUGGUGACAGAGCUGUAGAGGCAAGAGGUUUAUUAGCCCAAAUAGAUCUCAAGUUUGUUAGCCUCCUUGUAACAUUCACCAGUGUUCUUGGUGAGAUAAAAUAUCUGUCAGAUAUUUUACAGUCCCCACAGCUUGAUUUGGGCACAGCUGUCACACUUGUUGACUCUCUUGUUGACACAUUGGAGAGUUACAGAGAGGGCUCUCUCUUUAAUGAGAUCUGGGACAAUACUUUAACUCUUACUGAGCAAUGCAACAUCAGUGCCACACCUUCAGGUCGUCAGGUCAGACCAAGCUCUUUGCUUGAAGGGCAUUACUUACUUACUCCAAUAGUUCAAAGACAAGAGAGAACAGAGAAAGAGUCCUUUCGGACAGGUUCAUUCAUUCCAGUUAUUGAUGUGCUUCUCUCUGAGGUGAAGAGAAGAUUUUCUAAAGAAAAUUGUGUCAUAAUGAAAUGGGA